AUGCUCGACAGCAAGCGCAGAAGGACGCUAGGAGACAUCGGCACGACGAUCGCAGCAAAGGGACAGGACGACAACACGCGCAGCUCGGAUACGAGGGCAGCUUCGGCCAUGCAGACUGAAUCCAAGGCACUCCCACGCUUUUCGGCAAACACCUCGAUACCCAGCAGCAGCGUGCCUGUCCACGUCGAGGUGCGGUUACGGCCGAGCUCCACAGCGAGCGAUGAGAACACGCGGUCCGAGAUCAAGGCUUUCCUCACCGCGCACUGCACUACGCUCGAGGCGGAGAGCGAGGUGGCCAGCUGGAGUGACUCGGCGUUCCUCUCGGCCAACGUGGACCGCAUUCGCAUCGCAGAAGCAGGCGCACGAGCUGCGACCGGGUCAAUACCAAUCGCACAGGCCAGGCUGGACAUCCACGUCUACCAACCGUCGAGCAGCGACAUUGUCGACGAGUUCUCCGCCGCCGAUCCGGGCUCGGACGAGGGCGACGAAACGACGGCGGCGAGCGUCUCCGAGCUGCCCAAUCGCAGCCUCGACGGCGUGUGGGACAGCCUGGUGUACGAGGACGACAUCAAGGCGAAGCUGCUCAACUACAUCUAUACGACGCUGCUGUUCUCGGAUGCGAGUGUCGACUUUAACCUGGUCUCGUGGAACCGCGUGGUGCUGCUGCACGGCCCGCCGGGUACGGGCAAGACGAGCCUGUGCAAGGCGCUGGCGCAGAAGCUCGCCAUCCGUCUUGCGCAUCGCUACUCGCACGGCAAGCUCGUCGAGAUCAACAGCCACUCGCUGUUUUCCAAGUGGUUCUCCGAGUCGGGCAAGUUGGUGCAGCGGCUGUUCAGCAUGAUCACCGAGAUGGUGGAUGACGACGAUGCGUUUGUGGUGGUGUUGAUCGACGAGGUCGAGUCGCUCACUGCCGCACGCAGCGCCGCCGCCUCGGGAAGCGAGCCUACAGAUGCGAUUCGCGUCGUCAAUGCGCUCCUCACGCAGCUCGACAAGCUCAAGCACCGCAAAAACGUGCUCAUCAUGACCACGUCCAACAUGAGCGAGUCCAUCGACAACGCCUUUAUCGACCGCGCCGACAUCAAGCAGUACGUCGGCCUGCCGCCAGCCCAGGCCAUCUACUGGAUUCUCGAGAGCUGUAUGCGCGAGCUCAUGCGCGUUGGGCUCGUGGCACACGCCGAGCUGCCCCCCUUUGCACACGCCGAGCGUGCGCAGCGCCACGGCGAUCUCGAGCCCGGCUCGCCCGCGUUCCAGCUGCUCGAGCUGGCGAAGAGCUGCAAGGGCAUGUCGGGCCGAUCGCUGCGCCGUCUUCCCGUGCUGGCGCACGCGCACCACAUCGGCAUGGCUCAGGCACCCAUCGAGUGCAGCGUUUGGCUCCAAGCCAUGACCCUCGCCGUGGACGACUUCAACGCGGGGCUCGACGACCAAGAUGGCGCCAGCGAGACGCGCCUUUGA